AUGGCUGAAGCGCCGGGGAGCCUGCUAGCCUCCAAACAGUGGACUGGACUCAUCCGAUCCCUUGACGCUGCACUCCAGGAGGCGGUGGACUGCGAUCGACAGCGGCUGCUGCUUAACCGCGGCUUUUGCCUUCAGCAGCUGGGCCUCUACCGCAAAGCGCUCAAGGAUUAUGAGGCGGUGCUGGCGGGACAGCCAGGUCAGGCGGCUGCGCUGCUCAGCAAGGCGAAGGUGCAUGUGGCUCUGAAACAGCUUGAGGAGGCCCAGGAAUGUUUGGAGGAGCUGGGCAAGGCAGCAGAUCUGGCUGCUGACAUGGCGGUGCAUCUGGAAGGCCAGCUGCUAGCGGCGGCACUGGCGGCAGGCGAGGUUAAGGAAGGCGCCAAGCUGCCACUGCUGCCGGCACUGGCGCCCCCCGCCCCACCGCCACCGCCGCCGCCACCAGCGCCUGCGCCUGCACCUGCCAAGCCGGCGGCAGCAGGCUUUGCCCCGGGCUUCCUGUCCGCGCCAGCCAAGCAGCCUGCACAGGCCAUGUCCAGUGCAGCGCCAGCAGCAGCAGCAGCGCCACCCACGCCUGCAGGCUCUGCAGGAAGCGGAGCCGCAUCGUCUGCAGCAGCAGCACUAGCAGCAGCAGCACCAGCAGCAGGCAGCGCCUCCCCACUGGCGUCGCAGGGAGGUGCCGCCAGCAGCGGCACUAGCAGCGCCGGCCAGCCGGCAGCAGCGGCAGCUGGGCCGCCGCCAAUUGCAGCCGGGGUGGAUCCUCUGCACAAGCUGAUCGCCCGCGCUGAUGCAGCCCAAGGCCUGGCGCUUGCCGUGCAGCUGGUGAACGACGGCAGCUGCCGGGAAGCUGCGUCCCUGCUGGACCUGCUGCUGUACCACCACCCUGGCAACGUGGGCGCCUUUGCGGCACGCGGCACCGCCAGAGCCUUGCUCGGCGAGCUCAGCGGCGCGGUGGAAGACUUCUCCGCCGCUAUCCAGCUGGAGCCGAGCUUUGCCGACUUCUACAAGCGGCGCAGCCAGGCGCUGGCAGCGCUGGGCGAGGAUGAGCGGGCCGCCGCCGACGUGCAGAGCGCAAUCAGCCUGUCGCCAGACGCAGCAGCCAAGGCCGAAUGUCACGAGGACCUAGGCAGGCUGCACCAAAAGGCAAAGGACUACCGCCGUGCGGAGCAGGAGUUUAGGGUCGCCGCCAGCCUGGCGCCAGCUGGGCCCCGCCUGGAGCUGCUGACCGCGCUGGGCCUGUGCCAGGAGGGCAUCGCCACCUACGAAGCCGCCCUGAAACUGGACGCAACCAGCAAGGACCUGUGGCUGAAUCUGGGCAUGGCCUGCAAGGAGCUCUGCUGGGUGGAGCGUGCGGAGCAGGCGCUGCGAAAGGCGGCUCGCCUGGCGGGCAAGGGCGGCACCGCGGUGCACGCCUACCGCCUGCUGGCGCAGAUGAAGCAGGGCCUGGGGGACCACCUGGGGGCGGUGCGGGAGCUGAACCGCGGCAUCGCCGCCACCGACAAGCAGAGCCAGCGCAUCGAGCUGCAGUUCCUGCGGGGCGCGUGCCACCACGCUGUGGGGCUGCACCGCCAGGCCGUGGAAGACUACCAGCAGACGCUGGAGGCGCAGGACUCUCUGGACCCGGGCAGUACCACCUCGGGGGAGCUGGUGUCGUUCAUCUGCCUGGCCUUCUACCAAAAGGAGAUGGCGCUGUACGUUCGCAAGAACCUGGACAGCCACGUGCUUUCCUUCUGCGUGGAUGCCGACCUGCACCCCGAGUUCAAGGAGCUGUGGUGCAAGAAGGGGCCUCCCUCGGGCACGUUUGUGUCCAUGUACCGCGCAAUAAUGCAGCCGCAGCACCCGAAUUGGUCGGCGCCCAAGCCGCCGCCGCCGCCCGCGGAGCAGCUGGGCCUGCUGCUGGAGGCUGCGGAUGCUGUGGGGAAGCUGGUGCAGUACAGCCAUCAGGGCUUCCUGCCUAACAAGCGCCAGCAGCGCAUGGCGGGCCUGGCCGCCAUUGAGUUUGCGCAGGCGCUGCAGCAGCUGGCCGCAGACAAGCGGGAGGGGCGCCCCACGCUUGUGGACAACGCGGGGGCGUCGGUGAGCGCGCGGCGGCACAGCCGCAGCGGGCGGCACGAGAUGGGGUGGCGGGACGCCAUGGACGUCAUUGUGAGGUGGCGCCAGCUGGCGGAGCCAAACGACCAGGUCAUCUGGGUGGACCUGCUGACGGAGCGGGAGUUCAACGCCGGCUUCGGAUCCCACACCCCCAUGUUCACGGGGCAGACCAAGUGCGUGCGGUACUACAUGAUAUUCCACCGCGCCAUGGCCGUCAUGAAGCGGGUGCUGGCAGCUGAGAGGAAGGCCACCAAUGCCAGCAACGCGGCGGUGGAGCUCGACACAGAGGAGCGGCAGGCGGCGGCGCAGGCGGCGGAGACGGCAGAGGCAAUGUGGAAGGCGCUGGGGUCGGACUGCUGGGUGGUGGUGCCCAUUGAGAGCACCACGCGGCCGGGGCACACGCUGGAGGGCACGCGGCUGACUGUCGUCAGCAUGUGCAAGCAGGCGGCGGCGCCAGAGGAGCAAGCACAGCCGGUGGCUUUCCGGCUCGGCAACGGCGUGCGCGGCGCCGAGGUGGCGCAGGGCGGCGAGGCGGCGCCCCCCAAGCCGCGGCCGCAGCCCGACGCUUACGAGUUCUCCAUCCGCACACCCGUCACCCCAGCCCGGUGGGACGACUACCACCAGGCACGCCCGCCUCCUCACUACCAGACCGACUGGGAGGCGAUCCUGGAGAGCCGCCCAGCCAGCUUCAUCGCAUCGGUGGCGCCCUGGAUGUACCCGCCGGAGCUGUCCAGCAGCGGGGGCGGCAGCGCAGAUGGCGGCGGCGGAGACGGCGGCGCAGAGGGAAGCGGUGCUGCCGGCGGCGGCGGCGGCGGCGGGGGCGGCGGGGCGGCGGGCGACGGCAGCGGUGACGGCGGGCCGGCAGGGGCGCCGCCGCCGCCCUGCACGCCGGUGGACCAGCUGCCAAAGGUCAUCGAGGUGCUGCACACGAUGAGGGCGCGCCUGGAGGCGCUCAACGGCGGCGACGUGCCCAGGAUCUGA